AUGAAGCGACACGUGAUGAAAACGGAAACGGUCGUGACACGAUUUAGCGUCUCAGAGGCGAUCAACACCAGAGACGCGAUGGCGAAAUGUCUUUACAAUGCGCUUUUCCAUUAUAUCGUGCUCCGCAUCAAUCAAGCCCUCAUGAGAAAAGAUGUGUCUGCAAGCGUUGGCUAUUACAUUGGCAAGUUCAUGUUGAGGUUAAAUUGA